AUGCCACCUGAUCCCAAGUAUCCAGCAGGGCAUCGGCCGCUUGCCACAGAGCAGCUGCAAAGGUUUCUCGCAGACGCUGUCAACAGCCGUUCUGAGGAGCUGACCCCCUUACAGUCUGCCUUUACUAGCAAGCGUUUGGACGACACCCAAAACGUAGUCACUGCCUCCACUGUGAAGGAGCUGAUGUUUGAUGGUCGAAGGGUUUCACCAGCUUUGCGCUUGGUAAAGGAUGCUUUGUGCAGAUAUAGCGGCACUGCAUCACCACCGUCGAAGCCAGGACGAAAGCCCGACCCAAGCGUGGACCGGGAACGUUUGGCGCGAGCUCGAAGAUUGCUGUAUCCCAGCCCAGAGCUUUCGCAAGCAGACCCACUACCAUCCAAGGACUCCACCCGUGCAACAUCCUCACGAAGCACCAGCGCUGGUCCUUCAGUUGCCACACCUUUGUUGCUGGCAACGAGUCGUCCCAUGACCAGCGGCAACACUCUUCCACACCCAUGGCAGGCCUUGCCAAAGCGUCCAGUAACUUCACCUGAAACCUCCGCGGCGUUGCCGGAGGUUUCAGCUCGGCUUGCUUUCUCAGCAGGCUCCUAUGGUCGCCGGAGGGCUUUGCGAGGAGGGAGGACACGUGUUCAUGCUUUGGGUUUGACUCGGGAAUCGACUACCUCCUCACAGUCCUCCAUUGACUCCAGUCCUGGACGCAGAGAAGGUUCCAGGGCUCCGUCUUCAUCCAAGAAGCUGGCCCAGAGAAUGGCCAAUUUGGCUGGGAGGCUGCAUCAUAAGGUGUACAAGAUCAGAGCUGCCAGCAAAGGUGCAUGUGCUUUAGCACAUUCUUGUCGAAAGCGGCUGACCAUGUCGAAGAUGACCCGGCAGGAGGAAAAGAAUCUAGCAACCGCAGCGAUCCACUCCAGGCAAAUUGAAGAGUGGGGCAGCCCAACAAGCUCUCAACCCGUGUCAACGAUAACACGGCAGAGGACAAAAGAGAUGAAGAAAGAUGAAGCCAGCCUAAUUGCCGAGGGGCACAAGGCCUUGUUCAACGCGGUGAGCAAGAUGGCAUCAACCCGAAGUGAGAGCCCACUAAGGCCAAACGACAGUGAGGGAGCCAGAGAGGCGAAGCCGGGUAUUUUUACCUCGUUCAAGGCUCAUGAGCUCUCGUGCGAGUACAAUUUGCCUGGAGGUCAUGUGACGCAGGCAUGGAAGCUCUUCAAAAGAUAUGAUGUGGACAAUGAUGGUUUGUUGGCUCCGUAUGAAUUUCAGCUGUUGCUUAGACAUGUGCUGCGGGAGCGCUUUCCCUCAGCAAAGGAUGUUCCGCGAGAGCUGUUCAAGGAAGCGAUUGAGAUCCAGAACAUGCAGGUCACCGUGACCUUUGCAGAUUUUUUGACUUGGAUCACCCGCAAUGCUUUCCAGGAAUGUCUUCUUUUGAACGAUGAUCAGCGCUUCAUGCGCUUCAUCGCUCGAAAGUUCCAAGUGCAUGUGACGGAUGUCGAAUCGGUCAAACGGCAUUUCGACAGCUACUCCCACCAUACUGGCCGGAUGGAGUAUCCAGAGUUCCACAAGCUCUUGGCUUUGCUCUUGAAUUUGCAAGAUGUCUUAUCAUUGCCGGAGAGCCGUGUCAAGUCAUUUUGGCGAGAGCUCGCUGGUGAUCAUAACGGCUUUGUUGAAUUCUCGGACUUCAUCCCUUGGUAUUUGGCGUGCUUUGCUGGAGGUGACGGCUCCCCGCUGGUCAAUUUCUACCGAAAGAUCCGGCCGAUCCCCAUCCUGGAAGAGUACGAAUGA